AUGGAGGAAACUCUGAAGAGAAUCCAGAACCAGAAAGACGUCGAGGGCGUCAUCAUCAUCAACCUGGAAGGAAUCCCCAUCAGGACGACUAUGGACAAAUCCAGCACGGAUGAGUACGCUAGGCUGAUCCCUCCGCUGCUGCUCAUGGGCAGGAACACGGUGAGGAACAUCGACCCCACCAACGACAUCAGCUUCCUGCGGGUUCAAACCAGCAAGAGGGAGAUCAUGAUCAGUCUGGUUAAAGACUUCACCAUGAUCGUCAUCCAGAAAUCCACGGACUGAAAAUUAAUGAGCUGAACUGGUUGCUCCGACUAAAGUUCCUGUCAUGUUCAACACAUUCUGACUGUUAAUGUUUAUAUUUCCAGCAACUGAAGGGUUAGCGUUAGCCGCUGCGUCGGCUCAUUAAA